AUGUCCCCAGCCACAAUACCACCUCUCUCAUCCGUCAAAGCCCUGACAUUCGACGUCUUCGGCACGGUAGUGGACUGGCGCUCCUCCGUUACCGAGGAACUCAUGCUCCGUGCGUACCGCAAACUAUCGUCCGACUUGCCAAAUGUGCUUAAAGAGUGUCUGGAGAACUUGAAAGAAGAUGAUUGGGGACGGUUCGCACAAGACUGGCGAGACACCUAUGUCCAUUUCGUAAAGUCUUUUAACCCGGAGACCGAUGCGUGGAAGACUAUUGAUGAACACCACCGCGACAGCCUGGUCGAGUUACUUGAAGAAUGGGGUCUGAAGGAUCUUUAUACCGAUACAGAAAUAACCUCACUCAGUUUGGUGUGGCACCGUCUUGCUCCGUGGUCAGAUACGGUCGACGGACUGAGGAAGUUACAGGAUAGCGGGAAAGUCGUGCUGGCGACGCUGUCGAAUGGCAAUAACGAGCUGGUGACGGACCUGAAUGACUUUGGGGACCUGGGGUUCCAGCAGUUAUUUUGCGCCGAGACGUUUCGCGUGUACAAGCCUGAUCCGAGGACGUAUCUCGGGGCGGCGAGGAAGUUGGGCCUGGAGCCGGGACAGGUGGCCAUGGUUGCUUGCCAUAUGAGGGACUUGAAAGGUGCCAAGGAAUGUGGUCUGAGGACUAUAUAUGUCGAGCGGCCGAGGGAGGAGGCGUGGGAUAAGGAAGGCGAUGAGUUUAAGGGGGCGAGAGAUUGGGUGGACUUGUGGAUUGCCGAGGGGGAGGAUGGACUUGUUUCGAUGGCGAAGAAUCUGUUGGAUGUGUUGUAG